UCAAAUUCUUUCACUUGACAAUGUAACAAAUAUUACUUAUACCGCCAUAAUAUUCACCAAAAUAAUUACUGUUACAUUUGAAACUCUUAAGGGAACUUUCCCAUUACACCUUACAAGAUAUUUAGAACUAUAAAUAGAGUUCCCAAAAUUUCUUGUGCAUAGAGCUAGGAACUUCCAUUCUUACCAGUUGUAACAUCCAAUUUUUUCCUAGGUACGAAUAAGAAAUGGAAAAUUACAAAGUUUGUGAAGAAACAACAGAAUAUCAAGACUUGUUACCCGUGAUGGCUGAAAAAUUGGACGUGGAGGCCUUUGUCGCGGAGUUAUGUGGAGGAUUUAGGCUUCUAGCGGACCCCAAAAAUGGCUUGAUCACAUCCGCGAGUUUACAAAAGAAUUCGGGGCUUUUAGGGAUGGAAGGGAUGAACAGAGAAGAUGCAGAGGCUAUGGUAAAAGAAGGAGACUUGGAUGGAGAUGGAGCAUUGAAUGAGACAGAAUUUUGUAUUCUUAUGGUUAGACUUAGCCCAGAAAUGAUGCAAGAUGCUGAGGUAUGGCUUGAUAAGGCACUUCAAAGAGAGUUGGCAAAAUCAUCUUGUUAAUAUAUAACAAUUGUCCAUCCAAAAAUAUGAAAUGAAAAAAAAAGAAGAUGAUGAAGAGUCUUAAAUAUCAUAUGUAUGAUGGAUUGAAUGUUAAGUCAAUUUGUUCACUCCAUUCCUUCUCAAUGGAUGUAAUAAGUUUGGAAGUUACUAGUUUCUAAUUGAGAUGAAAAGUUUAUCUCAAUUCUCAAAUACCAACAUAGCCUCCUUCAA